UUUAUCUCUUUGCAAUAAUCGCAAUUUGAUAAUAACAAGUCUGACGAUGAUCACGAGUAUCUAAAUAACUGUUCAAGUGAGCAAUGAGUCCCAGACCCCUUUAACAAUUUUAAAUAACUUAAGUUUUAAAGAUAGGUUAAUACUAAGUCGCCACUGAAAAUCUUAUCUUGUAAAAAUAUUAACGAACACAAACCUGACCACAAACGUACUCAAGAAAAAAGAUGAUGAAAGUAAAAACCAAAAGUUUUCUAAAAAAUUUCUUUAUUUUUUCGUUAAUGAUAUUAGAAUCCUUUUGUCACAAAUGCGACUUACUCAAAUCAGAUCUGGUCAUGACAGAGCAAACCAAACCACAUACCGCGAAAUACUACUUGGAUAUUGUGGAUAAACCGGAGAGGUAUGUUCCAGAAGAACGUUACGAGGUAACACUUAAGGGAGAUAUGUUUGUGUAUACGAACCCAAAAUUCAAGAGGUUUAUGAUUACUUUAGAGUCAAAAGCAAACCCUGAUGAUGACGAUAGCGUAACGUAUCAGACUGGCAAAUUUGUGCUGGGAGAAGAUGGUUUAUCUAGGUUUAGUGAUAAAUGUAAGGAUACUGUAUUGGAGGCAAAUACGCAACCGAAAAGUCAGGUCCGUUCAAAAAUCUCAGGUGACCUUAAUAUGGAAAGCUCCGCCUUCCAACAGUGGGUGCGUAUCUCUUAGGGCUCUAGUAAUGGAAUCUAGAGAAAAAUGGUACGAAACAGACGAGUUCCUUUUCAACGGUCCUCUAGUGAAAACCAUUUGCGAAGAUUUCAACGAAAACGAAGACGUCCUUCCUGAAAUUGAAAAGAUCUGCUGUUCUUGCGACGAAGCUAAGUAUGAGCUAGCUUUCGAAGGGAAAUGGGUACGAAAUAUGCAUCCAAAAGGUUUCCCUGAAGAUAUUUGGACCACUAGAUUUGGAAAUAUAGUGGGUGCGUCCCACAAAAUUAACCAUGAAUUCUGGAAGGAAGAUUCUGAAGCUAGCGAAGGUUUGAAGGAGCUAGCUUUUAAUGGAAGCACAAAAAAACUUGAAUCAGAAUUAAUGGCAAAUAUUGCUAACUUGAGAACAGUAAUAAAAGCAAGAGGAGUUGCCUAUCCAGACAUUACAUCGUCCUCAUACGCAAUAUUUAAAGUAGAUAGUGAAAACCAUUUAGUUUCUUUAGUAACCAAGAUGAUACCCUCACCAGAUUGGAUUGUUGGACUAUCCAAUAUGGAAUUAUGCCUAUCCAACUGCUCAUGGAGACAGUCGAGAUCAGUAAACUUGUAUCCCUGGGAUGUAGGAACUGACGAUGCUCUGGAAUAUACGGAAAGUCAGCCAUCUACCAACCCCCAGUCAGUGAUUACCAAAAUUACUUCGUCCAACCCUGCGGAUCCCAAGUCUCCAUUCUACGACGAAAAUGGAAACAAGAUGAAUCCUAUUGCAACGAUUCAUUUCAAGCUGGAAAAAGUUAUUAAAAAAGAAUGCGAUCCCAACAGAACCCCACCAUCAGAAGAGACUGAAGUAGAAGAAGACGAAGCCAUGCCCUCGGUGAGAUCCGGUUGUGAAACAACUGGAUGGAGUCAAUGGUCCAGUUGUAGUGUUCCAUGUGGACGGGGCCAUAUGACUAGAAACGUACGUUUCAAGCACAGUCCUGGCCCAAACGACUGCACUCAAAUAAAAAAGGAAGAGACGGUGGAGUGCAACGCUUCCUGUCAAAGCGGAGAAGAAGUUGGAAGAAUAUGUCCAAAUAUUAUUUGGGGUGCUUGGUCUCCCUGCAGUGUAGCUUGCGGUAAAGGCUGGAAGCAAAGGUAUAGAGUACCCAGUGACGAUGAUGACGAAGAUGAGAUUGAUAAAGAAUGUCCCAAUAAAGAAGAAGUAGAAUGCUAUGAACCUGACUGUUAAAUUAUUAAAGCAAAAAUAAAACAAAAUGUAUGCAGGAUUUUUUUACAUAACGUGUUCAAUAUAUUUUUAGGUUUUAAAUUUGUCCUAUUUUUAAUAUUUUCUAUUUCGUAACUACUUCCGAUUAAACCGGAAGUACUACCUAUAAUUUGCUUAUUUUAGAUAAAACUAGACAGAGUGGUCCGAACUGCAUUCCGGAAACUUCAGCAGCAUA